AUGUCGACCAGCCCAUUCCCAUACACCUGCGAGCUAUGCGGCGCGGAGGGUCUCACGGACGAAAUGAUGCGCUCCCACACUUUAGAGGCCCACGUGGCAGGACGACCCUCUUGCCCAUUUUGCGACUGCUCCGUACCUCCACCACAGCUGCCAGGCCACGUACAAAGAGCGCAUCUACACUAUCUCACGCCGGAGAGGGAACUGAUGGCGUUCAUAGAUGAUCAGAGUCCUGGAUACGACGAAGACUCUAAAAUGACAACAACAGAUAGCUGCAGCUACAACACUCCUGGCUCCAUGAACGGCUGGCAUAGUCCAGAGUCCGCCUCGUUUCACAAUGGUGCCAUUUCUAAAAACUACCACAACGGGUUUCAGGAGAAAGAGUUUGAAGAAAGAUCCCCAAAGAACAUCAACUUGACCAACGGUUUGAAAAACAUCAACACCAGCAACGGAGUCAUCCCCAAGAAAUUGAGUCGAGAAGGUUCCAAAGAACGGGAGAUGGUCAACGGACAUGACAAAAAAAAUUGCAGUCCAAGCCACAAUUCUGGAAGUUAUGAAGGAUCACCGAACAAAAAUAAGCUGACAAUGGCAAGUGCAGGACAAGGUUCACCGCUACGAUCGCAAUUAGCAUUAAAACUGAAGCCUAACACACCUAAAAAGUCAUGCCUCCUCUGCGACUUCACAUCAACAUGCCCCCGCAAGCUAGAAGAACAUAUAAACCGGGCUCACUUCGACCUGACCUCACCUUCUGUGCUUGGAAACGCUAACAGCAACACAGUGAACCCGACGCUAGGCAACCCGACUUUGACCCUGGACAACCCGACGAACAGUACUUUGGAUAACCCGACGCUAGCGUACAGCGCUAUGGCGAUGUCGCCAGGGCCUCAUAGCUCGUCUUUCCAGUGUCCGAUCUGCGAGAGAGAGUUCACGAACGGAUCGGAUGUGGAAAUGCAUGUGAAUGUGGAGCACAGGGAUAUUCUGAGUCCGCAGAAGUCGGACCAGGUGGACAAUGCAUCCUGUGACGAUGUAGUGAUGAUGGAGGAGAGUCCAGUCAGCAACUGCCCAGUUUGCUGCCAGCCGCUACCACUGUCUCAACAUGAACUGAUUCAGCACAUAGAGGAGCAUUUUGAGCGCGGUGAGGAGUGUGGCGCCGGGCUGAGUGCGGCCGAAAGAGAACAGCAGAGAAACAGGGAAGAGCACGAGUUUCAAAUGUUGCGGCAACAAUAUGGCAUGGAAGAAGAUGAGGAAGGCUACACAAAUCGCGCCAGCAACAGCUUAAAGCGAGCCGUCUACUCCGGAGCCCUAUCUGUAGCUGGAUACUACGAGAGAAGUGUAGGGCUCCGCCGCGCCUCGGCUUCGGGCUUAGACACCGGUUCCUCAAGGACUAGUGGCAUUUUGGAGAGGAUAGCAGUGCUGAACGCCCAAAAUCAAAGCAUCGUGAGAACUUACCUCUGCAGUGCCGUAGAUCACUACGCGAGUACAUACGGCGACCGAGGCUGGGGCUGUGGAUACAGGAACAUGCAAAUGCUGCUCUCCUCCCUUAUGCGGAAUCCCGAGUACAGCAAACUUCUAAGCUGUAUGACAGAGCAAGAUGGCGAAUGUGCGCCCUCCAUACCGCGACUACAGCUGCUGGUAGAAAGAGCUUGGCAGAUGGGCUUCGACACUCAGGGCUCAGAGCAGUUAGGAUGUAAGCUACAUAACACUCGCAAAUGGAUCGGGGCCUGCGAAGUUGUCACCGUUCUUUCCUCGCUAAGGAUAAGAUGUCAGCUGAUCGAUUUCCACAAACCGACGAGUCCCGACGGCGGUCACCCGGCGCUCUUCGACUGGGUGCUGCGAUACUUCACUGAAGAGCCUAACGGGUUCAAGGCACCACUGUAUUUGCAGCACCAAGGGCACUCUCGGACGAUAAUAGGCUACGAGAAGCAUAAAGACGGCAAGGCGACUUUGCUAGUGCUCGACCCUUCACAUUCACCCGCACAAGUUCGACAAGUGCUCCUCGGCAGUAUGUGCGCGUGCGCAGCUGCGUUACGGUUGCUGCGCCGCGGCUCCCCCGCUCUACGGGCGCGGCAGUACCAGCUGCUGGCUGUGACGGGCGUGAUGCGAGACCAGCAAGAGUAUGAGGUAUUUACCAGUGACCAGUAG